AUGUCAUCCAGACUGGAGCUCAGCUCUUUCUGGCUGCCAUGCCUGGUCCUCCUCGUCUUCUGGGCCCGCCCCACGGCAGCUUUUGGCGCGGGCAACAUUGCCAGCCUGAGCUCUGUUGAAGGGCAAAACUGGCGCCAUGGAGACAUCGAGGACACACUGCUCACGCUUCUUAUUUCCAGCAGGACUGGCAAGAAGUUCAGCAAGAUGGACGUGAAGCGCGUCUACUUUGGCAACUGGCUGAGGGACUACUCCCAGGCCGUCGAUGUCGGCACCGUCAAGAUGGUGUCUGCCGAGGCGAUCCGCAUCCUCCUAUGGGUGCUGGGCUUCAUGUCCUUUGGCUACGGCACCAAGGAGUUUGAGGUUACCCGCGACAGGCUGGGCUGCUACAGGCCGGAAGAGCACAUCGACAACCCCAAGGACUACGCCGACAACCUCGAUGCCCGCGAAUACGACCGCCGCCUACGUGCACCCGUCGAUGAGCGCCGCGAGCUGAGCGUCGACGAGCGCACCGGCCUCAAGAACUACAUCGCCUCGGAAGAUCUGGGCAUCACAACCUCUGCCGGCAUGGUCCGCGACCUGCUCCGACGCUGCAUCGAUCUCGGCCGUCGCUCGGGUGGGCGCGGACCCGACUUCCACGAGGCGCUGCGUCUGCUCGGAACGGCAACGCAUUGUCUCGAGGACUACUCGGCCCACUCCAACUACACCGAGCUGGUCCUGAUCGAGCUCGGCGAGCGUGACAUCUUCCCCCAUGUCGGCCGCAAUGCGCAGUUUGAGAUCCAGGCUGCCCGCAAGCAGGUCUACCCCAUCAUCACCGGCACAUUUGGUGGUGUCGACUUCCUGCACUCCGUGUGCGGUGAGCUGUCGGACAAGGCCACCCAGUCAGAGCUGCAAGAGCUUGAAGGCGCCAUCUCCGACGCCGACAGGAAGAAAAACAAAAGCCAGAUCAAGGACCUCCUGAGCCAGCUUCCCGAUGGCAUCUUCGGUGGUAAGGACCAGGGUGGCAAGGCUGAUGAGCUUGAGAACAACGCCAGCGCUGCUGCGAUGGGCAACAUGCACGUCACGCCCAAGGAGCCCGAGGCUUUCACUGAGCAGCUUGGCGAGCUUGUGAAGCAAAUCUACCCCAUCAUGGAGUUCCACGACGAGAUCAUGAUGUCCAUCUCCGAGUUCAUCGAGAAGAUUCCCAUCCUGCCCGAGAUCAUUGAGCAGGUCCAGGAACAGGUCACCGUCUUCGUCUUCAGCCUUUUGGCUCCUUAUGUCCUGCCCAUCAUCAGCCAGGUCAAGGCGGAGCUCGAGACUGGUUCCAGCGAGGUUAUUGCCAGCUCACGCGAGAAGCAACACAUUGUCUUCAACGAUGACUACUCAACUGAUCCCACCCACAGCAUGUUGUCCAAGGAUCAUUUCUCCAACAUUCUUAACGAGCCAGCUGGCCGCGUUGCAUCUGCCGUCUUGACCUGGGCGGUUCCCCAGAUCGUUCAGUGCUGGGAUGGCCAGGGAGACCCUGAGGAGACCAUUAGCCGUAUCAUUGACGGAGUCUUCCAUCACCCCGCUGUGCCUCAAGGUCGCGUUCGCGGCUCGGAGCAGUGCCGGUCGAUCAUGUUCCAGACCGUUGAGAAGUGGUGGAGAGCUCAGCCCGACCAGGAUGACUUGCGCCGCAAGCUGAGCCGUCGUGGCGUGCAGAAUGGCGAGAACCACAAGCCAGGCAUGCACGACAAGGGCCACGGAUGCGGUAAGCCACUAGGCAUGGCCAAUGACUUCUCCGGUAUCGUCGGCGGCAGUGGCGGCAACCGCCAAGCCCAGCAGGUUACUCAACAGGCUGGCAAGCUCGCUAGCGAGGCUGUUGGUGGUGGUGCUCUUGGAGGUCUCGUCGGAGGACUUGUUGGCGGCAUUGGUGGCUCCUUGCUCGGAGACGCCUUUGGUGGCAGCGAGAAGAAGUCGAGCAAAAAGGAGAAGGCUCUCUCUCAUGGUGAUAGCGAGCGCUAUGGCCAAGCCUCUUACCAGCAGACCCAGUACCCAGACGGAGGACGCCGUGAGGAGUACUCUCGUCGCGAACAGGACGAGCGCGGUGGCUCUUACGGGUACCAGCAAAAGGUAGAGACCUCGAGCUAUGGCGGAUCUGGCGGAUAUGAACGUCGCGAGGAGCGCACCGUUCAGAGCGGCAACCAAUGGCAGACUGAAGAGAGGCGUGAAGGCAUCGACCGCUCUGGCGAUUACUACUCGGAGAACAAGGAACGACGUGGUAAGUCAUCCAAGAAAGACUCCGAUGACGACGACUCGGACGACGGUGGCGACCCCUACGAGAAGCGUAUGAAGAAGGAGCGAAAGAAGCGCGAAAAGGAAGAGAAGAAGAAGCACAAGAAGCACGGAAGCGGCGAUGACUCCGACGAUGCUGACAGGCGUCGUGCAGGUUCUGGCGACCACGGACGACGCAAGUCUCGCUCUCGCUCGCGCUCCCGCGAGCAGCAACACCGCAGGAAGAAGAGCAAGAGCCCCAGCCCCAAGCGUGGUGGCUACGGCGAAGAGCGUGGAUACCAGAGCCAGCAGCAGUCUUCCUACGGACGUGAGGAGACUUAUGGUAGUGGUCGUGAGGAGGUGUCUGGAUAUGGGCGUCAAGAAUCAUCCGGAUAUGGCCGCCAAGAAUCAUCUGGCUACGGCCGUGAGGAACCUUCGGGCUACGGUCGUCAGGAGUCAUCUGGCUACGGCCGUGAAGAAUCUUCGGGCUAUGGUCGUCAGGAAUCCUCAGGAUACGGCCGCCAAGAGGAAUCCUACGGAGCUCGUGACAUGCCUGGUGGCUUUGAAGAAGAGUCUUCGGGGUAUGGCGGACGUCGUGAUGAGGGGGAUGAGUACGGCCAGCGCAGGCAAGAAGGCGGAUAUGGAGAUGAGGGAUAUGGUAGGAGGUAUUAGGGUCUGAUGCGGGUGGAUAGCCUGGUUUGGUUUGGUAUGGAAGGAUUGGGAUUAGCUCGUGGGUACCCUGAUGAAUUGCACGAUUGAUGAGAUGA